UAUAAAUUCUCCGAGAUAAAAACGAACAUUAAGCUAACAAACAUUGUUCUCCGCUUUUGUUUUGUACUUUUGUGCUUUUAAAUUUGCUGUAAAAAAAAAAAAAACAUUUAAUCAAAAACAUGGGUAAGUCAAGUGAACCUAAGCCCGAUGGGGACAAACAAAAAAAUACUUUAGACAUUGGUUUAUUGGAAGAAGACGAUGAAUUUGAAGAGUUUCCAGUGGAAGGUAACUUAACUUCAAAAUCAAAGUGUAAUAUAUCAUGUUUAAUAUUUAAUUUUUGAUUAUUAAGAAUGGGCGAGUCAAGACGAAGAAGAUAAGGAAGCUAAUGUUUGGGAGGAUAAUUGGGAUGAUGACAAUGUCGAGGAUGACUUCAGUGUUCAAUUGAGGUAAAUAUUAAUUAUGGUUAUUGCUAUAUUUUUAUGUAUUAUUUUUGUUUAAAAUUCAUUACUUAUUUGUUGUAUUUUAUAAGCAUUCUCAUUACUAAUAACUUAUAUUAAAUCCAUACAAAGUAGUAUAUAUUCCAAGAUAAUUUUGUGUACAUGGUGUAAAAUUGACUAAUGAAUCAUUCAUUUUUUUUUUUUUUUAAGUUCUACUUAAAUUGUUUACAUUGCCAUUAUAAUAUCAAUUAUUAUCAAUUUAUCCAUGAAAAAUAAACUUCAACAAAUUGUAGAAACUUAGUGAUUUAUUAUUAGUAAAUAUUUGUAAUACCAGCAUUUUUUUUCAAAAUAUAUUUAUAUAAAAGAUCUUUGAUUUAUAAAAACAAUUUUUUUAAAAAAUUAAAUUUGAAAUAUAAAAUUGAGGAAUCAUAAUGUAAACUGCAAGGCUCUAAUGAUUAUUACAAGAAAAAGGAACCCUAAAAUAUUGAACAAAACAAAAGUUAUUUCAGGUAUACCUGAAUCUUCGUGUUACAGUCUGUAUUCCUAUGCGUACACAAAUUAAAUUAAAGUUAUUGAAUAUAUAUUGUUUUAAUUUACUAAUUUUUUUUUUUUUUUCAGAGCUGAGUUUGAAAAACAAAAUAUUCCUGCUACGUUUUAAAAUUAUUUAUUUUAUAAUGUUUUUGUAAUCAGUUAAAAGUAAAAUGCAUAUAUUAAAAUAAUUAUAUAAAUGUAUGCAACUAAUAUAAGGUUCUUUUUAUUUUGAAU